AGAGAGAGAGAGAGAGAGAGAGAGAGAGAGAGAGAGAGAGAGAGAGAGAGAGAGAGCGAGGCUCUGCAGACUCCUCCUCUCACCAUCAUAAAUCCUCGCAGUUAAAUAACAUCAGAUUGAAGAGUUUCUCCUGCACCAGGAGGUUCUCCUCCUCCACUUCCUCCUCAGUAUGGACUUCACCGAGGUUCUCGUGACUUGGCCCCGCAUGCAUCACCUGUUCGCUGUGCUCUGUCUGGUCACUGUUGUUUAUAAAGUCAGUCUCCUGUUCGCGAAGAGAAAAGCUGGGUUCAGUAACACCGAGAGUUUCCCUGGACCCCCGGGACACUGGCUGUUCGGACACGUCCUUCAGUUUAAACAAGAUGGCACAGAUUUUAACCAGCUGAUGGAGUGGGCAAAGCAGUACCCAUAUGCUUUCCCACUGUGGUUUGGUCCCUUUACUUGUUUCGUCAAUAUUCACCACCCAGAUUAUGUAAAAACCAUUCUGACAUCAACAGAACCAAAAGAUGAUAUGGCGUACAGGUUUAUCAAGACUUGGAUUGGGGAUGGUUUAUUGGUGUCAAGCGGUCAGAAGUGGUUUCGCCACAGACGACUCUUGACGCCAGGUUUCCAUUAUGAUGUCUUGAAACCAUACGUAAAAUUGAUGUCAGAUUCUGCUAAAACUAUGUUGGACAAAUGGGAAAGUUAUGGAGACACCAACAAGUCCUUUGAACUGUUUGAACAUGUGAGCCUUAUGACACUGGACAGCAUCCUGAAAUGUGCGUUCAGCCACAGCAGCAACUGUCAGACCGAGGGUGGAACAAAUGCGUACAUCAAAGCCGUGUAUGAACUCAGUUAUCUGGUCAACCUGCGGUUCAGGACGUUUCCAUACCACAACGACCUCAUUUUCUACCUCAGCCCACACGGCUUUAGAUUCAGGAAAGCGUGCAGGGUUGCUCACAGUCAUACAGAGGAUGUAAUAAGAAAGAGAAAAGAAGAACUGAAGGAAGAGAAGGAGCUGGACCGGAUACAGGCCAAGAGAAACCUGGACUUCCUGGACAUCCUUCUCUGUGCAAGAGACGAGAGUCAGCAGGGUCUGUCAGAUGAAGAUUUGCGGGCUGAAGUGGACACCUUCAUGUUCGAGGGCCAUGACACCACAAGCAGCGGCCUCGCUUUCAUCCUCUACUGUCUUUCCUGCCACCCAGAACACCAGCAGAAGUGCAGGGACGAGAUCACGGAGGUCCUGCAAGACAAGGACACCAUAGAGUGGGAUGAUCUUAAUAAAAUUCCAUACACAACAAUGUGCAUAAAAGAAUCCCUUCGUCUUCACCCCCCUGUACCGGGAAUGGCCAGACAACUCACCAAACCCAUGACCUUUUGUGAUGGGAGGACUCUGCCUGCAGGUUGUCUUGUUGGAACAAGUGUCUAUGGGAUUCACAUGAAUGCAACCGUCUGGGAAAACCCUUAUGUCUUUGACCCACUGCGCUUCCUACCAGAGAAUGUCUCCAAAAGGUCACCUCACGCAUUCGUGCCUUUCUCAGCUGGGUCAAGAAACUGCAUCGGUCAGAACUUCGCCAUGAACGAGAUGAAGGUGGUCACAGCCCUGACGCUGAGGAGAUAUCAGCUGACAGAGGACCCCACUUGCAAACCCAAAAUAAUUCCCAGACUGGUGCUGCGCUCACUCAAUGGCAUCCACAUUAAAAUCAAACCUGUCGUAUAAA